AUGGCGAGUCGAUCGAAUCGUUUCUUCCGCGCUCUGGGAUACGCCUCGGCCGCCGGUGUGGUCGGCGCAGGCGGUCUCUACACCAUCUACAGACCCCGCGAGAUCCCCGGUUCAGAGGCCGCAGCCGUCCCGCCGCCAACCUACGGCGAGGGUGGUGUCUUCAACCCUCCCAGCUUCCCCGAGAUCAAGUCCCGCGCUGCCCAAAUCGCCGACCUCAAGGCUUCAGCUGGUGCCGUGACGGGUGCCCUGAAGGAUGCCGGAAACAAGGUCGCCAAGGCUGUCACCGGCUCGUCUGGUGAUGUCCAAGCCGAUAACCAAGGCAGCAAGGCCGAGGAGUACGAUCUCUUGGUCAUUGGCGCCGGUGCCACUGGUACCGGUAUCGCCCUCGACGCUGCCACUCGCGGCUUGAAGGUCGCCAUGGUCGAGAGAGACGAUUUCGCCUCGGGUACUAGCUCCAAGAGUACCAAGCUCGUCCACGGUGGUGUUAGAUAUCUCGAAAAGGCUGUCUGGGAACUCGAUUACAACCAGUGCGUUCACUCUGAUCCAAACCUGCAAUUGCUCCCGAUGCUGAUAAUUUGUAAAGANUACAAGCUCGUCAAGGAGGCUCUCCGCGAGCGUCGUUUCUUCCUGGACACCGCACCUCAUCUCUCGUCAUGGCUCCCUAUUAUGAUUCCUAUCAACAAGUGGUGGCAAGCUCCCUACUUCUGGGCAGGCACCAAGUUCUACGAUUUCCUCGCCGGCUCUGAAAACAUCGAAACCUCCUACUUCAUGACCAAGUCCAAGGCUCUCAACGCAUUCCCCAUGCUGAAGAAGGACAACUUGGUCGGUGCUCUGGUUUACUACGGUGAGUCUUCUUGGGCGUAUAACUGCGUGGCCGCGUGUACUGACAGUAGCNNAGAUGGUGCCCACAACGACUCCCGCAUGAACGUCUCUCUCGGAAUGACUGCUGCUCUCUACGGCGCAACUGUUGUCAACCACAUCGAAGUCACUUCUCUCACCAAGGACGAAAACGGCAGACUCAAUGGCGCUCGCGUCAAGGAUCUGGUCGCCGAGGCCAACGGCGGCUCUGACGAGUUCAACAUUCGCGCAAAGGGUGUCAUCAACGCCACUGGUCCCUUCACCGACUCGAUCCGCAAGAUGGACGACCAGAAGGUCGCCGAGAUUGUCGCUCCCUCAUCUGGUGUUCACGUUAUUCUUCCCGGUUACUACGCUCCCGCCAACAUGGGUAUGAUUGACCCCCACACUUCUGACGGCCGUGUCAUCUUCUUCCUCCCAUGGCAGGGCAACACCAUUGCUGGUACCACCGACACUCCUUGCGACAUCAACCAGAACCCCAUCGCCGGCGAGGAGGAGAUCAACUGGAUCCUCUCCGAAGUCAAGAACUACCUCAAACCCGAAAUCACUGUCCGCCGUGGCGACGUCCUUGCCGCCUGGUCUGGUAUCCGCCCUCUAGUCCGCGACCCCAACAAGUCCAAAUCUGAAGGUCUCGUCCGCAACCACCUCGUUACCACCAGCGACAGCGGUUUGAUCACUUGCUCUGGCGGCAAGUGGACCACUUAUCGCCAGAUGGCUGAGGAGACUGUCGACGAAGCCAUCAAGGAGUUUAAGCUUAGCACCGGUCCUCUUUCCAACCCUCCUCGUGUCUCGGGCUCUGAAGGUUUCAACGACGCCGCCACUCUCAACGGUACCUGUCAGACUCACCAGGUCAGACUUGUUGGUGCUCACGGCUGGAGCAAGACUCUGUUCAUCAACCUGAUUCAGCACUACGGAAUCGAGACCGAGGUCGCCAAGCACUUGGCCGAGUCGUACGGUGAUCGUGCAUGGCAAGUCGCCGCCCUCUGCGAGCCUACCGAACAACGUUUCCCUGUCCGUGGCAACCGCAUCUCCGAGCUCUACCCCUUCGUUGAUGGCGAGGUUCGCUACGCCAUGCGCCACGAGUACGCCGAGACCGCUGUCGAUGUCAUUGCCCGCCGUACCCGUCUCGCUUUCUUGAACGCACAGGCUGCCCUCGAGGCUCUGCCCAAGGUUAUUGACAUGAUGACCGACGAGUACAAGUGGAGCAAGUCAAGACAGGACAAGGAGUGGAAGGAUGCCGUCAGCUACCUUGGCAGUAUGGGUCUGCCCAAGGGCAAGCUCUCGCUGACCCGCAAAGAUGUCGAGUCUGGCAAGGUCGGCAAGUACGCUGAUGAGGAGUACAACCUCUACGCUCGUCACGGUAAGCACAUUGCCACUCAGUACACCAAAACGACCUCAACUAACACAUUCUUUACAGACAAGCCCCAAGAGCCCCUCGAGACCGACUCCAAGUUCGCCCACGGCGAGAACCCCACCAUCCAGGCCGACUCGCCCGUCAACAAAUAA